AUGUCGUCCUCCUAUUCCACAGUUUUAUGGAUCUCACUGUAUUUUAGAUUCGGGAUUGUAUUCCGUGCUUCUCCCCGCCAAGCGGAUGUAAUUAUUGUUGCUGGAACUCUGACAAACAAGAUGGCUCCUCCGUUUAGAAAGAUCUACGAUCAGAUGUUAGAGCCUAGAUGGGUUGUAUCAAUGGGUAGCUGUGCCAACGGUGGUGGAUACUAUCAUUACUCUUAUUCUGUAGUUAGGGGUUGCGACAGGAUAGUCCCAGUUGAUAUCUAUGUACCCGGCUGUCCUCCAAGUGCUGAGGCUCUGCUCUACGGGUUCCUCCAGCUACAGAAGAAGAUUAAGAGAAUGAACACGGUCCAGGCCUGGUAUAGAACAUAGUCCUUCUCCACCUACUAGAAGAAUAACGACAAAACUUGAUCUCAUUUUUGACGAACUAUUAUUUUAAUAUUAUUUGAACCCAGUGACUGACUUAAAUUAUCUGUGAUACUUAUUACUAUAUUUAUUGACCGAUUUUAACAAAAAUUAUUUAUUUUAGAA